UAGCUCUCUCUGGCUGGUCCCAAGCUUCCCACGGUGGCGUCUGCCCAACAACAUUGACUGAGGUCGUGAACGUGUCUACGUCACCUUACUUUUUGACAAUUGGCCUCCGUAUUAUCAAAUCGUGUUCACUUUGACAUGUAUCAUUCUUAAUUGCCUUUUGCUCCUCAGACAUCAGCUUUAAAAUUCCUCUCUCUCUGUUUCUCUCUCUCUCAUAACUGAAUGCUCAGUUACCUCUUGCCCUUCACAACAUGAUAGAUUCUAAACAGAAGAUGAAGGUUAUGUCGACGUUUUCGUGUUCUCUAGCUGUUGCCGUCGUUUGGAGCUGCAUUUUCUUCUCUUGCCUGGUCGAUAGAUCCCAAGCUCAAGCUACUGAUCCAAUUGAAGUAACGGCCAUAAAUUCUAUCUUUCGAAGAUGGAAUAUCCGACCCGCUAAUUCAUGGAACACGACUGGAGACCCGUGUAGUGGUGCUGCCAUCAUCGAGUCAACCAACAUCGACGACUCCAGUUACAACCCGGGGCUCAAGUGCAGCUGUUCUUACAAUAAUGGAGCCACUUGUCACAUUACACAUCUGAAAAUACUUGAGAUGAAUUUGCAAGGAACAAUUCCAGAAGAGCUUGACAAUUUGAAAUAUCUCGUUUUUCUGAAGUUGGAUCAGAAUUACUUAACAGGUCCCAUACCUGCAUUUAUUGGAAAUUUAUCUUCAUUGGAUGUUCUGUCACUUGCUGUUAAUGCAUUAUCUGGAACUAUUCCGGAGGAGCUUGGCAACCUUAAGCUACUGAGAGUAUUAUCUUUUGGUUCAAACAAUUUCUCUGGACCACUCCCUUCGCAUCUUGGGAAUAUACCUAAACUUGAGCAAAUUUACAUGGCCAGUGCUGGAGUGGGUGGCGAGAUUCCUUCAACAUUUCAGAACCUAGUAAACAUGCUAACUUUUUGGGCGAAUGAUAAUCCAUUUACAGGGAAGAUACCUGACUUCAUUGGGAACUGGACAAAACUUACAGAUUUGAGAUUAUAUGGUAACUCUUUUGAAGGUCCAAUACCAAACAGUUUUUCUAAUUUGAUUUCGUUAACAGAUCUGAGAAUAAGUGACCUGUCUAAUGUUAGUUCAACACUGGAUUUCAUUAAAGAUAUGAAGGAUUUAACCAGAUUGGUUUUGAGUAACAAUAUGAUUUCCGGUACCAUUCCAUCUAAUAUUGGGGAUUACCAAAAGUUGCAAAUAUUAGAUUUAAGCUUCAACAAUUUAACUGGUGAAAUUCCAAGCUCUCUAUUCAAUUUGGGGUCUCUCUCUCAUUUGUUUCUUGGGAACAAUAGCUUAUCUGGUACCAUUCCUUCUCAAAAAAGUCAAAGCCUUCUAUACGUAGACUUGUCAUACAACGAACUUCAUGGAAGCUUUCCUUCAUGGGUUAAACCAGAUGUACAAGUGAAUCUGGUAGCCAACAACUUCAUAUUCGAUAAAACAAAUAUAAGUAUAUUCCCAGGGUUAAAUUGCCUUCAGAAAAAUUUUCCAUGCAAUAAGGGAUUUCCACGUUAUGCCAACUUUUCAAUCAAGUGUGGUGGUCCAGAAAUGACAUCUCCAACUGGUGUAGUAUUUGAGAGAGAAAAUAAAACUCUUAGUCCAGCAUCAUAUUAUGUAACUGAUACAAACAAGUGGGCAGUUAGCAAUGUCGGGCUGUUUCAUGACAGGCAGGGGGGAGAUGUUUAUAUACAAAAUACUUCAGCACAAAUUGCAAAUGCAGGAAAUUUGAGCUCUCAAUUCUUCCAAACUGCAAGGAUAUCUCCAGGAUCACUGAGAUACUAUGGCCUAGGCUUGGAGAAUGGAGUCUACAAUAUAAACCUACAAUUUGCAGAGACUGGAUUUGACAAUGAAAGCUUACGCACUUGGCAGAGUCUUGGAACUCGUAGUUUUGAUAUUUAUAUACAGGGAAAACUGGAAGUAAAAGACUUUGACAUACGAAAAGAGGCAGGUGGGGCCUAUAGAGCAGUUGAGAAGGAUUUGAAGGCUAAUGUAUCAGAGAAUUACCUUGAAAUCCAUCUUUUUUGGGCUGGAAAGGGUACUUGUGCUAUACCUCUAAAUGGUUAUUAUGGAUCACUAAUUUCAGCCAUCAGUGUUACUUCUGAUUUCGUACCAACUGUAAGUGGCCUUCCACCAACAACUACAACAAAGAAGAAAAAGACUGGCUUGAUUGCUGGUAUUACAGUUGCUGCUGUAAUUGCAAGCUCAAUGUUAGCUUUCACGAUCUUUUUCUUGAGAAAGAAGAGGUUAAACACCAAUAAUGAUGAAGAGAUUCAAGCAAUAGGUUCCAAGGCUACUAUUUUCAGUUAUGCUGAUGUGCGAAGUGCUACAGAAGACUUUGAUCCUAAAAACAAGCUAGGAGAGGGAGGAUUUGGACCUGUUUACAAGGGAACACUUGCUGAUGGGAGGGUUGUUGCUGUGAAGCAACUUUCAGCAGUAUCUCACCAAGGAAAGAGUCAGUUUGUAACAGAGGUUGCUACAAUAUCUGCAGUGCAACAACGCAACCUUGUGACUUUGUAUGGAUGCUGUAUUGAGGGAGAUAAAAGACUCCUAGUUUAUGAGUAUCUUGUAAACAAGAGCCUUGAUCAAGCACUCUUUGGGAAGUGUGCUAUAUAUCUAGAUUGGAAGACCCGCCAUGAAAUAUGCUUGGGGACGGCGAAAGGUCUAGCUUAUCUUCAUGAGGAAUCAAGACCUAGAAUUAUACACAGGGAUGUCAAAGCAAGUAACAUUCUUCUUGGUGCUGAUUUGAACCCAAAGAUAUCGGAUUUUGGUUUGGCCAAGUUGUAUGAAGACAACAUGACCCACCUCAGCACUCGUGUUGCAGGAACAAUUGGCUAUCUUGCACCAGAGUAUGCCUUGCGUGGGCAUCUGACAGAGAAGGCUGAUGUAUUUGGAUUUGGAGUUGUUGCUCUGGAGAUCCUCAGUGGGCGGCCAAAUUCUGACCCAAGUUUAGAUGAAGAGAAGUUGUACCUUCUUGAAUGGGCAUGGAAUCUACAUGAAAAGAAUUGCGACUUGGAACUGGUUGAUCCAAAAUUGAAUGAAUUUGAUGAAGAAGAAGCUCGUCGAGUUAUAGGAGUAGCUCUCUUGUGCACUCAGGCAUCGCCAACGCUUCGUCCAUCCAUGUCACGUGUUGUGGCCAUGCUUUCAAGAAAGACUGAAGUGAGUGCUGUUACAAGUAGACCUGCUUACUUAACCGAUUGGCAAUUUAGUGAAAUCACCAGCAGCUUUGCAACUAGCAAUUCCUCUACAUGUAUCCCAAUAUCAACAUCACCAAAUCCAAGCAUUAUUCCUUUUUCAAGCCCCUCUCCACCAAAAGGUGCUGAAUCAUUACUCCAUGAUAUCGUUGAACAAGAUCCAAAGUCCACAAACGUAUGAUGGUCCAAUGCACUUUAUAAAAAUACUAGCUCAAGCCGACUGCAUUGCAUAAGUGAGAUAAAUGAGUGCUUUGGGGCUUCAAAAAAGAGAAAAAAAAGGAUAAAUGAGUGUUUUGUAUUGGGGGAUGUCUUCUUUCAUGGUAGUUCCUCUUUUGUUUUAAUGUAUUAAUUAUAUAUCCAUUGGUUGCCUCAUUAAGGCUCCUUGGCUCCCCUCUCUGCCCUUUUGGAGAUUGGCUGUUUGUAUUUUCUUUUUUCUUUUUUUUUUGUCACUUCCAAUAAGAUCUCUUAUUACUGAUCCAAGAAAAACAAAUAUGAGAGAGAAGUCGUUUUGAAUGACAAAAUAAGAUGACAAAUUUGACAA